AUGGCGCAGUCAAUAGACUUCAACGCGUUGAAAGCGCGGACCAUGGGGUCUAGCAACGAUGAAGAGGCUGUAACUGUUGAUACCCGUGGUUUGAUAUCAAAAGUGCUAUCCCGCUAUUCGGGGAAAUGGACCGUACUGCGCGAAAUGAUCCAGAACGCAUCCGAUGCGUCCGCUACUCGAGUGACGGUGAAGUUUGAAACCCUCCCCUCGACCACAGUCCCCCUCCCAAGUUCAGCGGACCCGUCGACGACGCUGAAGCAUGUUGUCAGUCAUCAUACUCUCAGAAGACUACUUAUAUCAAAUAAUGGCCAUCCGUUCACUGAGAAGGAUUGGGCUCGCCUGAAGAGAAUCGCAGAUGGAAACCCGGAUGAAACGAAAAUCGGCGCUUUUGGUGUUGGAUUCUACAGUGUCUUUGAUGAUUUUGAAGAACCAUUUGUUUCCUCCGGCAAUGCCGCCAUGGCUUUCUAUUGGAAAGGAAACUCACUGUUCACUCGGCGACUCCAACUAGGCGAAUCUGAUGCUUCGCCGGAUACAACCUUUGUACUUGAUUAUCGAAACAACUCUUCACCAGUUCCUUCACUAUUAGAGCUUGCAAAGUUUCUUUCAACAAGUCUAACCUUUGUCGGCCUAGAAAAUAUUGACUUGUGGCUUGAUGACUGGAAUUUACUUAAACUAACAAAAAAGGUUGCACCAAGUGAGAAGGUGCCUUUACCCAGAGAUAUAGAGACAAGAACCGUCGAAGGUCUUAUGAAAAUCGCAGGUGUUACGAGGGAGGUUGCUCAAGUGGACGCUGCAUGGAUGAAUAUCUUAGAAUGGAGCCCCCAAACUACUUUAUCCGCUCGUAUAGAGGGCCUUAGAGACACGACAACCACGCUUCGUUCGUUUUUUUCCAAGUUCACCGGAUCUUCCUCUUCUUCGGAAACCCUGCCUGCAGAGCCGCCAGAGAGACAACGUGAUGGAGAGGAUCUGACAAAAACCCAGAAAGCAUCGGUCUUCUUACACAUCAACACGGCUUCUAUCCAAGCGUCAAUAAGCAGUUCUCUUGCCAGCGAACUUGAAAGAGCAACCAGAAAGCCCCCACCGAAGCGGACAACAAUUGCAAUCUUGACACCAUCGUAUUCAACGAAUGACUCUUCCGAGAGUUCUGAAGUCCUGUCAUCCGUGCUUCCAUCCAAGUCGGGGCGGAUCUUCAUAGGAUUUCCCACCCAUCAAACUACUGGUUUAAAUGCACAUAUUUCAGCGCCAUCUGUCAUUCCGACAGUGGAGAGAGAAAGUAUUGACCUCAAUACAAGAUACAUAAGCAGGUGGAAUAUUGAGAUGCUUAGAGCUGCCGGUAUUGUUUGCCGGAUUGCUUGGACCGCUGACAUGUCGUCAAUAAAAGACAGAAUCGCUUAUCAGAGUGGUCCAAAGAUCCGGAAAGAUAAUAUUACCUCUUUCAUUCCUGAAGCAAUUCAUACAGCUAAUCAAUUCACCUUCCGAGAAUCCACACCGUCUGCGACUCUAGGGCGGACAAUAGAAGAUUCCUUCUGGAUGUGUAACAAGAAUGCAUCCAUUGAAAUACUGUCUACGUGCGGCAUUUUACCAAGCCACCAUGUUCGCAUUGCCCCAAAGGAUCUCAGUUUUAUGGAUGGAAUUCCGUCUCUUCCCGAAGAAUUGGUUGACAACGCGAAGGACUUGAUUAGAAAGUUGACAGAUUUCGGUCUUCUUACAGAAGUGACAGUUUCUGAUAUCAAGCGGGAACUUGAGAAUAGUGCUCUAACUUCUGUGCAACUAAAAGAGUUCCUUCUUUGGGUUGGAAAACGUGCUGCCUCCAGUGAGAUUGAUCAGAAAACGACUUUAUCAUUGCUUAGUGCUGCAGUUGCCAAUGAAGAAGAAUCUAAAGGAGAGCCUGGAAGAUUGUUGACCUUAGCUGGAAUCGAUACUUACCUCAACCCCACGCGUAUACCAUCUGAUCUGCCUCUACCUCCGUCGGUCAUGCCAUUCCAAUACACGAAGUCUUUAGAUAAACGUCACCUGGAUGCAAUUGGUUGGAAAGAAUUGCAAAUAGUCCCUUGGCUUCGUUGGCUUGUGGAAAAUGCUGGUAAUCGAAGUGUUCUGCCUGUCAACAAGGAUCUUACACGUACUCCUUCAUUUUCUGCGCAAGUUUUACCGAUCUUGUCCAAACAGUGGGAUACACUUAGUCAAUCCUCGAAGCAGACUGUAGUCAAUAUCUUGCAACCCCGAACGAUUGUUCCUGUGAGGAAUGGCAUGAAAAGGCCGGAAGAGGCGUACUUCCCAUCUGUACGUCUUUUUGAUGACUUACCGGUCGUCACAGGCCUUGCGGGUGUCAAGGAAAAGUUUCUCGCAGCCCUUGGAGUUCGUAAGACUGUUGAGCUUGGUGUUAUUUUUGAGAGGCUACUCCGUGAUUCUGAUCCGACGGCGCUAAAUGACAACCCAAAGCAAAAAUGGAGUCACGUUGAUUUAAUUAAGUAUCUAGCCUCGGUCAGUGAUGAUAUACCUGCCAAGGACAUAGAAAGGCUUAAGAACACGAAAAUAUGUCUUACAGAAGAUCUGGACUCUAGUCAACCGAAUCGACAACGAUACAAGAUAUCCGAGCUCUUCGAGCCCAAGGAAGCGCACCGAAAACUCGGUCUUCCAAUCAUCGAUUGGCCCGGAAAAUACUUUUCUCACAGCAAAGAAGCACAGUUCUUGUCUAAAAUGGGCCUAAGAGGUUAUCCUUCAGCUAUGGAAGUGAUUGAAAUAAUGGCAAAGGCAGCGUUAGCUGAUGAUACAGCACUGCAAACCAAGUCGAUGUCGUAUUUUAUCACCGAAUACCAUGCGAAUAGGUACAAUGCAGUCGACAUGAGACAAGUGACUGUGCCUUUCCUACCAAUUGAAGGAGGCAAGAAGUUGAGUGCACCAAAAGACUGUUUUACACACGAGGGUGCGUCUUUGUUUGGAUUUGAUAUCUUGAGGCGAGAUCUUCAUCCGCAGUCAACAAUCUUUGGCGUACGGGAGCAUCCCCCGAUAAAUGACUGUGUACAGUGCAUUCUUGCAACUCCACCGAAGACAACAACUAGCGCAAAGAGCGUUUUCGCUUACAUGGCCUUGAGAAUAUCGGAAUUAAAGGCAGCAGACACAAGCCGCCUCGGGGAAGCGCUUAUAAUUCCAAUCUCUAACAGCCUAGCAUCGGAGAAAGAAGUUGUCAUGCGUUACAUAUCUCCUAGAAACAGUUAUCUUGGUGAUGGCGAAGAUUUCAAAGAUAUUUUCGAUUUUGUCAACUUUGGAAAAAUGGGAAACCUCUUCCUCCAGGCAUUGGGAUCAAAGCAAGAACCAACAAAGGUUGAGGUCGCUCGCAUGUUGGUCAAAGAACCGGCAAGAAUAUCUUCCAAAUUUCAGAGUCCAGAAAAGUAUUUGAAUCUUCUGCGAAGCCUUGCUGAGAACAUUUCCACUUUGAAACGUCAGAAAGAUCUUUUCCGUGACAUGACGAGGUCUCCUUUUUUGCUGGCAAGUAAGGAGCUACCCUCAACAGCUUCCAAAGUGAUAGCUAGCAAAGGGGUCUUGGAUGAAGGGGAUGACGCUUUCGAGGAUGACGAGCAGGGUAUUAAAGAAUGGCGGCUGACUACAGCCAAGGACGCCGUUAUUGUUGAUGAUUAUCAGAGCUAUACAAUAUUUAAAGAGCACAUACUUGCCGCUCCGCAAGAAGAGAGUCUUGAAAAAUUUUAUGCAGCACUAGGGACCCCUACUUUGAGUUCGCUAGUUGAAGAGCGUGCUAGCUGGGGUGCCAAAUCGACAGAUCAGACAUCUGCGGUUAAAUUGCAGAAACUCGUCAACGAAAGAACAAGGCUCUUCCUUCAUGAACACAGCCCUGAAUCCGUCAAGCGUGACACCAAAUGGUUAGAGAAACAUCUUAGUAUAGUUGUUGUUCAUUCCAUUUCCCUUCGCCGAUCCUUGCGAAACACGGGUGCCUCCGUUUCUCAGUCACGCCAUGCAAUCAUUACACCUCAAGGCAGUGAAUACACGCUAUGGAUCAGUCCUGGAAAAUUUGACUUGUACGAAAUUAGCCAGGCUCUCGUCCACAUCCUGCUCGCGCGUCCCAAGCUUCAUUCGGUCCUUACGCUAGAAAUGUUGUUGAAGACAGAUCUAUACGAAUUGAGGGCAAGGGGCUAUAACAUAUCGAGAAUCCUCCGAAAGAGGGAAAUGGAGGCUCGGAUGGCGGAAAACUUACGACAGAAAGAAAUAGAAGAGGAGAAACUCCGUAUUGAGGAACGAGAAGUAGAAUGGCGUAAACUCCACGAUCAGCGCGAAUUAGAAGAAACAAAGCCUCAACAUGCAAUGCCGGGGAUUUUUCCUGAUUCCCCCUCGAACAAAAGGUCAGCAGCAGAGGAGCAGACUGGGAUAACCGAGCCGAGUUUUCAACCACGCAACCUCUUUUCGAAUCUUAGCAAGCACUUGGGUUUAGAGGAUAACAAGGGAAGGCCUCAAAAUCCUUUUCAGUCACUUUUCAAAAACCGCACGCCUCAAGAAAACGGACCAACACCAAGUGGCUCAGCUCCGCCGCCAUACUCAGAGACCGACCCUAAGAGCACAAUUCAAGGUUCAAGUACAAAUCCCAGUGAACCGAAAUCUGUUACGUCCCCAAGCCAGCUGCACAAUAACCUUCUUUCUGCCAUUUCCGCUUGUCGCCCGCAUGGUGCAUCAGGCGUAUAUAGUCGUCCUGCUACUAACCAGGUUAAUGAGACCAAGUCCUAUUGUGAUGAGCGACCGAGCCAAGAUCUUGAAUAUGUUGCAACGCUGCCGUCAAGCAUACAUUUUAUGACAGCAAGAUCCAUUGCUGACAGAUCUGCUUUCUUGUCUGACAAUUUGGCGGGCAUCAAUGAAUUUGCCAAAGUGCUCGUGGAAUGUGCAAGUAUCUUUUCCGUAAGACUUGAGAGCAUCAGCAUAUUCUAUGAUCCUGGUGGAAAAACGAUUGCUUUCAAUCGUUCAGGUAGCCUUUUCUGCAACUAUAUUUUCUUCAAACAACUGCAUCAGGCACGACUGUCACAGGAUCCCGUGGGUGGACGAGCUGAGGCUAUGGUAUAUUGGUGGGUAAUUCUCUGUCAUGAGCUGGCUCAUAACUUGGUCGAGGACCAUAGUUCAGAUCACAGCUUUUACACAUUUGGGAACGGUGGCGGCAACCAAUCAUAUGCCCGGCAGCCCCCUCGGUCUCCUAUUCUCUUGCUGACUGUGGGCGUUGCGCCAAUUGUAUCUGAGCUAUUUUACUCUGAAAGGAAUCAACAUCCAGCCAAGCAACCAAAACUCUCCGCCAAGUAUUUGCCACCAGCCAAGGUUCUUUUGGCAUUUGCUUUCGCCUGGCAGGAGAAUCCAUUCAAGAUGAAUUCUAUGGAUGGGCAAAUUCCGUCAGAGCCAGGGCCUUCUUCUGCUGCUGCCCGGAAGAAUAUCCUCUAUUUGGACGCAUAUGACUCUUUUUCCAACAAUGUCAUUUCCAUGCUAGAAGAAAACUUGGAUGUCAAGGUUACAGAACUGACUGUCGACUCGGAUUGGCCUAAUGGGGAUAUGCGAGGCUUUUUGCGAGGCUUUGACGCUGUUGUCCUGGGCCCCGGUCCCGGUCAUCCAGAAAGCCCAGCGGAUGUUGGUAUCAUGAACGAUCUGUGGACCCUUGAAGGAGAAGACUUGAUUCCGGUACUCGGAAUUUGUCUCGGUUUUCAAAGCUUGUGUUUGAACCAUGGAUUGGCCAUCAAACGGCUUCCUUGUCCGUUACAUGGUCAGGUGCAUCGCCUAGCAGUCAUGGACAGGGAUAUUUUCGCCGGUAUGAACGAUUUCGAGGUCACAUUAUAUCAUUCUCUUUACGCUUCGACAGAUUCUGUCCGACUUUUGAAUCCUGAGACCACUACCACCGAGGAGGUCUCCGUGGUGGAGAAGGAACCUCUAUCAUUUCUUGCCUGGCUGACUGUCAAUGAAGGGAACGGCCUUUCCAGAAGACUUCCAAUGGCUGCCCGUCACAAGUCCAAACCAUUCUGGGGAUUUCAGUUCCAUCCGGAGUCCUGCAAAUCCAAUCGCGAUUCUUGCACAGAGAUCUUGAAGAAGUGGUGGGCAGCGAGUGCAGCGUUCAACCUGGCCUCUAAGCGCACUGUUCGACCAAUCUUGAACGAUUCAUUCACUUCCAGUUUGGAGACCUCGAGCGUUCAAGAAGAUCUAAGAAAUCUUCUCGAGGGUUUGACUGCAGAAUCUUCACAGCGAUGUUUCUACCGCUCCCUACCUCUGCAGGGGCUUUAUCCAGAACAUAUAUUUGAAUUGGUCAAUAGCCCGGGAUCCCCAUCAAUACUAUAUCAAUCGAAUGGAAGAUUUAGUAUCAUGUCUGUUCCGUCCCCUAGGAGCUGGAGAAUUGAAUACUCAGUCCACAAAAAUAAUCUUCUCGUUGAAGAGUUUGGGGCAGGGAAAGCACCGAAUAAUAGAAGCGAUGUAUCUGUUGAGACUUUUUGGGAUUCGUUGAGACAUAUCAUGAACAGCAAGAAAGUUACUUCCGGGAAAGACGGCAUUCCCUUUUGGGGAGGUUUCCUAGGAUUCUUUUCCUAUGAAAUGGGACUUGCGGGACUGUCUCAUCCUAAGACGUCCCCGGGUUUGACUUCUGGCCUCAAAAACUCAGGGAAGCCAGAGGAUCAGGAAACGGAUAUGCCUGAUGUUGGCUUAUUGUGGAUUGAGCGGUGCAUUGUUGUUGACAACGUCUCUCAGACUAUCUAUAUACAGUCCACAAGAGAAGUCGAUGAGAAAACAGAUUCUUGGUUAGAUGUGAUAUGUCAGACGAUACAGCAAUUUUCCUUACAGCAAAGUCAGGGGGCAGUUGAUCUUGGACGAAAACCUGCUGAAAUCGAGAAGAAUAGCCUAUUAACCGCUGCAGAAAGAGAGCUCAUCGACGAACUCCUCCAAGGCAGCACAAUAGACAUCCCAGACGAGGCAACAUACAAAUCUAAAAUAAUUGAAUGCCAAGAAGAACUUAAAGCUGGUGAAUCAUAUGAACUUUGCCUCUGCGGGAAAACAACUAUUACCGUACCAGCAAUUCGCGAUGGGCGUCUUCGCAAGCUUCGUCCCUGGCUAAUUUACAAGAAACUGAAAACGUACAAUCCGGCUGCGUAUAGCGCUUAUGGAAGCCUAGGUUGUGUCAAGAUAGCCAGCAGCAGCCCCGAAUGUUUUGUCACUUGGGACAGGGAUUCCACUCUUGAAAUGAAACCUAUGAAGGGAACAGUACGAAAAUCGCCCGGCAUGACCUUUGAAAAAGCCAAAGCAAUUCUUGCGACCACCAAAGAAAUAGCAGAAAACCUCAUGAUUGCAGACCUGAUCCGGCACGAUUUAUACGGAAUCUGCGGUUCUGGAAACGUACAUGUUGAGAAACUUUUGGACGUUGAAGAUAACGGUCGUGUGUAUUCGAUGGUCACACACGUCAAGGGGAUUGUUGAUCGGACGACAGCCAGGGACCAUGAUCAGGAAAGCAUGGCUGCAUAUGGACUCACGACUUUGCAACGUACCUUGCCCCCGGGCUCUAUGACGGGAGCACCCAAAGAACGAUCAUGUAUGCAUCUCGACCGGAUCGAAGGAUGGAAGCGAGGCGUCUAUUCCGGGGUGAUGGGUUACCUAGAUCUUGGUGGUUCGGGUACCUUCUCCGUAAUGAUACGAACUGCCUUUAGCUAUUCAAAUCGCGAAGACGAUACCGCCAAAUCCGAGGAGUGGCGUCUCGGUGCAGGAGGUGCUAUCACUAUCCUGAGCACACCGCAAGUUAGUAUAUUUGAAACUGCAAAGUGA